AAGAACAAAAAAAACAGAAAAAACAGAAAACAAGCAGAAAAAACAGAAAGAACAGAAACAACAGAAAGAACAGUAAUUUCGAUAAUGGGAUAAAUGAGGCCGGAAAACAUUUGGGAAAUGCACAGAAAAUCUGUAUAAUAUGUUCAAAACGACGAAUGUGACAAUGAGAGAUUCUCUUUGUUUAUUUCCUCUUUCGAUUAUUGUGGAAUAUUCCUGCAUUUUUCGGUAAUUUCUUCAGUGCAGAUUCAAAGAUGAUAACUUUAGUUAUUACUAUCGGUAAAUAAUUGGAGUGAAGGAUUGCUAAGAGUACCGUAAUAAUCGAAAGAGAAAGUAAACAAAGAGAAUCUCUCAUUGUUACAUUCGUCGUUUUGAUCAUUUCAUACAGAAAUGAUCUAAAUUCUAUGUUGACUCAAACCGGAAGUUUUCAAAAACUUGCAGUAACUAAACUCAACGAUCAGAAAGAGAUCGAGUUGGUUCUUGAUCGAUGAACUGUGCACUUAGCGAAGGACAAUUAUCUGAGUAAUAUACAAAUGUCCAAAAGACUAAAAUCUCGAAAAUCGAGAUCGAAAAACAGAAUAGCAAAUCAAUUAUCAUUAUGAACGGAAAAGUAUUGAUUGUAAAAUGAACAUACAAUGAAAAUAAUCUCAAAAUGGGAUAAGCAAAAGAUGAUCAUAAAACGAACACUUCAUAGUAAUGAAAAUGAAUUGAAAAAAAAAAAUUUAAAAAGAUUGAGAGAAAAUAGUAGAUGAGAGUAUAGAAUACGUAGAAUAUAGAAAGCAGAAGAAACAGAAAGAAUAAAAAACAUAGAAGGCACAGAUGCCAGAAGAUGAACCGAAGGGAUAAAAAAAUGAACACAUAAUAUGUAAAACAAGUAAAAUAAACAACAAAGGAUUCGACUGCAAAUGAAACACAAAACAAACUCAAAAUAAACACAAAAAUACCAUGAAAUUAUUACAAAAUUAUCGUAAAGCUAACACAAAAAGUUGUAGGCUGGUAGCGGCAGUUCCAAUUUUCGCUACCAACAUCCAACAUCCUAAUUAAAUCACCGUUCGUCUCCAUGGCUGAAACGAACGAAGCGAGCGCAGGGUCGUGGGCAGUUUUUUUUUGUUCUGAGUAGCAAACUGCAUCUGCUCACCUCACCCGAAGAGCGGAGCACGACGAAAACAAUCAACAAACAGUCGAGGUCGUGCGAAUGAAUCCGUGCAUUGCAACCCAUCGAUAAUCCCAGCUGUUUUCGAUUCGUUGCAUGUCGGCAGCAUCGCAUGGCUGGGGACCGGACUGGAAACUGGAACAGGCCCGCUUCGAGUGCCGUGUCGUGCUUUCUUUUGCGUUUCCGUUUGUGGCACGGAAACAGCCGAAUGAUCGACGCAUGCGCACUCUCCCUUGCCUUGCUCGAAUCCCCCUUGCAAAAUGCAUAAUGUCCAUCCACUCCGUAUCGUGUUCGUCUGCUUGCCUGUCGGUUUUUGCCACACACUGGUUGUGCAGAUGGCUGACGGUUGUCCCCGCACGAAACGGUCAGUUACCGUCGAACGUUUGUAGAGUAAACAUGCCGAACAGGCACCGUCUUCCGGGAGAAUCGGCCGCAGGUUAGGACAGUUUUCCCCCUUGCUGUGUCUGUGAGUGUGUUGAGGAGGCUUUGUUCUUCUUGUUCAGUGCACUGUUCGACUAGAGAGAGCGAAAACAAAAAAAAAAGACAACCAAGUGAGAUAGAUAGAUAGCUUAAUCGAGUAAGAGUAAGAGAGACAGAGACUGAAAGAGAGAGAGAGAGAGAGAGAGUUAGAAAGACAGCGUUCAGCUUAGGUACAACAAGUGGUGCGCGGGUUGUUUUGUUUUUUUUUUCGGUUGUGAAGUUCGAGGACUUCCAGCAUAGAUUUUUUUCAGCAUAACAGUGAAUCGAGCUGUUGGUGGCCUAGUUUCGGUGAUUCAGAUACAAACGAUUGUUCGUCCUUCGGAUGCGGUAGUAGAAUUUUGGGUGUCCUGCUCCAAAAGGGUCAACCGAAUGUUCGAACAUUGGACUGGCAUGCGAGCGCGGAGGCGUGCUAAUUGAGUGGUGUCCGGAAGUGCUCAUCAUUGAGUUGGCCAAGAAAUCUCGGUAGAGUGUUGUGUUGUUUUUUUCUUCUGGCUGGAGCAAAUGUCUGUAUGUGAGUGUGUUAUUUCAAGAUUGCAUUGAGUGUAAGAUUAGAGCAGCUGUUGACGAAACUUCAUGGAAACAUAACAAGGAUUGAUUCGAUUAUUUCGAGUGGAUGAUAAAUAUUGAUCGUUGAGCGCCGGAACGAAAUCCGAAGAAGGUGGAAGUUAUCAAAGUUUCAUAAUUUAGGAACGCUCCAUUCUCCAUUCUGAGUGAUUCUGAAUAACAUUCUUUUGUCAGCAGAAGCUAGCAUCCCAGCAGCAUCCCGUGGUGGCCGUGGUGGUGUGGGAUCCAGCAGACAGUAGUGAGUGGACCAAUGUUUAACUAAUUCAUAACAACGGCAAACAACGACCGAUCCCCGGGGGCAAGGUUAGGGGAAGCCGGCGGUCGGACGGUCGAAGAAAAAGUGGGCUUCCGCGCGAGUUUUGUUUUUCCACGGCUCCGGUAGCUGCUCCGGUUCACCGCAUCGCGUUUCGUGAACGUGUGCUUGGGGAGAAGCAAGAAGAAAAAAAACAAAAAGAAAAAUUUUCCGGAAUCAAGUAACCGAGAGAAAGGCAGUGGUGAAAAGCUCGAGUUCUUUGCAUUGUUCCCGGUUUUGACAGUGAGGAAAAGGUUUUGACCGGUGACGUCUGCUGCCGUCGGUGAAUCGGAAAAGUGCUGAAAAUUUCUAAAUAUUUUAUUUAUUGAGAUAGCUCGGAGAGACCAAAUACAAAAAAAAACCGUGACCGUCGGUGCAGUGCAGUGGUGAGCAACAGUGAAACAUUUGAUCCUGAUCUUGGUUUAGAAACGGCUCCGAGCGCCGUCGGAGAGAAGAAAACAGCAGCGGGAACUUCACCCGGGGAAGAUUAUAACAGAGUGCAAAGUGGUUCUGGCGGAAAAGUUUUGCUCGUACACGGGCUCCAAAGGUGCUUAGCUAUUUUUUUUCUUCUUCUGGUGUGUGUGUGUGUGAUGGAAGUUACAGAAGUGCAGAAACUGCAGCCAUUUAUUCGCUUCUAUUGGUGUGCCAUUAUUACAGACUACGCGCGUUUGCUGAAAGAUUACUGCUAGAGGUGCCCCCGUGCCGGGAGAAGUAAAACAAAAGAAGGAUUACCAGAACAGCAGCUGGAUCAAAAUAAGCCUUCUUCAAUUUUAAAAUCACAUAGACUAUCUCAGAAAGACCGAAAUACUUCCGCAUUUUGACACCUGAGUAUCUUAGUUUGUCGCGGUCUGCAUCGCCGAACGGGAGCCGCACUGGCUAGGCAAGUGUCCGUUUUGGUGACCCUUCCGGUGAGGGUUUCUCCGCUGAACCUUGGUUGCAAUCAGGCGCAGCAGGACCAGCUCGAAUGUACCACAAAGCACCAAGUGGUCAACAUCAGCACCACCAGCGCGGAGUAGACGUGAAGUUGUUGGCCGAUAUUGGAUACAUCGCCGAUCGUCUGCGUAGUCUAGAGUACCGCUGGGAGCUGUCCGAAUUGAAGGAUCUUCACAAACGGAUCGUGCUUAGCAUCGAUGAUCCCCCAGUGAAUGUGGUGUAUGCGAUCCGGAACCAACAGUUGCGACCGGUGCAAUCCGAUCUUCACGGGCACUCCCAGCUGCGGAGAGAAGUUGAGCAGGCAGCCGAAGCGGCACAGAAAGUCGAAGCUGCCAAGAGACUCCGACGAAUACAGCAGCAGCAGCAGCAGCAGCAGCAACAGCAAAAUUCAUGUGACGACGAAAACGACGACGAUGAAGAAACCAGCGCCAAACUGAUACAAUUAGAGGAUACUCUCAUCUCAUUCUACCGCAGUUACGCCGAAGCGCGUCGAACAAGUCAAAAGUGUAAGAAAUCGAAGAAACGAAUCGUCGCGCCUUCGUCCUCAUUGGGCUCACUACCGUCGCCGUCGUCAAGUUCGAGUGAAACCAACCCCCGGUACAAGUGUGACAGCCAGCGUGCCGCCAUCAACAUCAUCGCCGUCGUCACCAACGCCACCGAAGAACCAAAGCCAGAGCAAGCAGACAUCACUGAACAAGAACAAUCAUUCACUACAUCGCAGGUCGAUCGUACUAUGAACCAGGAUCGGAAACCCGGGGAUCCUCACGUAGCAACUGAACAGCAAGAACAAGCCAAACCACCAACUGAACAAACAGUGACCAACGAGUGCCAAAACGAACCACUUCUCCAGAAACAACCAAUCAGCACAGACAAUCAAAGUGAUGCCAAACAGGAGGAAGAAUCCCCGGUGUCAUCCGCAGCAGUUGGAGCUGGUGCGGGCAGCAGUGGCAACAGCUCGACAGCGACUCCCCAAAAAUCGGCCAAAGACCAAACCGAAGAGGAUGUGGAAGAAGACGAGGACGAUACGACGGUUGCCACGACGGGAACUGUCACGACCGCCACGACUAGCAGUCAGCAAACCGUAGUCAAUGUAGAUGCCGAUAGUUUGGAACAAAAACGACCGUCACUGGAAGAGGCUUCGGCACUGUCUUCGGUGAAUGUCUCCCACUCGAGAGGACGCUGUGGGAUCAUAGAUGGGAACGGUGACAGUACUGAUCCAGACGAGGAAGAGGAAGACGAUGAUAUCGGCGUCGGUGCUAACGAUGACGACGCGGAACGGGCUAAGCUGAGAAAACGAAUCUCGGAACUGGCGAACAAUUUUGCCAGUGCUAAGCAGUUUCAACAAACGUGUGACAGCAUCCAUACGAUCAAGGAAACCGAACUGCGGGCGUUGAUCCGGGAGCUCAAGCGGAAGAUUGAGUUUGCUGAGCGGAUGAAUUGGUUGUGUCUUUCGAGCCGACCACGCGGACCGCCCCACCGGAAGACCAGCCUGCCGAAGCACUCGGACGUGAAAAAGCGCUUCCUGGAGAUCGCCGAUACGACACUGUCCGACGAGGUGAAAUCCGCCCUCCGGUUGCCAUCGUUCGAUUCGUACGAAUGGGAGGACUGGGAUGUGAUCCACCUUACCCAGACCAUGUUCCUGGAGUUGAACCUACUGGAGAAGUUCCAGAUUCCGCGGGAGACGCUACGCGAGUGGCUGUACGAGGUGUACAAGCACUACAAUGAUGUACCGUUCCACAACUAUCGGCACUGUUUCUGCGUGGCUCAAAUGAUGUACGCCAUCACUUGGCACACGAACCUGGUGCAGAGGCUCGGUGAGCUGGAGGUGCUGAUUCUGCUGGUGUCCUGCAUCUGUCACGACUUGGAUCAUCCCGGGUACAAUAACAUCUAUCAAAUUAACGCCAGGACCGAGUUGGCACUACGAUACAAUGAUAUCUCUCCCCUGGAGAACCAUCACUGUUCGAUCGCCUUUCGACUGCUGGAGCACCCGGACUGCAACAUUUUCCGCAACAUGAACAAGGACUUGUACAAAGACGUUCGUGAGGGUAUCAUUCGAUGCAUUCUGGCAACGGACAUGGCCAGACACAAUGAAAUACUGACGCAAUUCCAAGAGGCUACUCCUAAUUUUGACUACAACAACAAAGUUCACACUAAUUUGUUGUGCAUGGUGCUAAUCAAGGUCGCGGACAUUUCGAAUGAAGCUCGACCGAUGGAGGUGGCGGAACCGUGGCUGGAUCGGUUACUGCAGGAAUUUUUCGCCCAAAGUGCUGCCGAAAAGUCGGAAGGCCUGCCGGUGACGCCCUUCAUGGACCCGGACAAGGUCAGCAAACCGGGCAGUGAGGUGCGGUUUAUCGGUUUGGUACUUUUGCCCCUGUUCGAAGCACUCGGCGAGCUGCUUCCCGAGCUAACCGAUCUGAUCAUUACUCCGGUUCGGCAAGCACUGGAUUACUACAAGAAACUGAACGAUGUCGCCAACAAAACCCGCCGUUCGAUCGUUGAAGCGGAACAAAUUUCGGAAAACAGUGCCACUACUUCGGGAACUGGGACGAUUGGUACCGGUGGUGGUAGCAGCGUCGGUGGAGGAACCGGAACCGGAUCCGGUGGUUCGCCGCAGCUUCCACGAUCGCAGAGCGGCAUCAGCAUGAAAUCAAGACGUACGGAACUGCAUGACCUUCCCGAGGGCAGUGAGAGUGGAGAUUCGGAGACUGCCACGGAAGUGGAUGUUGCGGAGAAAACGUCCAAGUUCAAGGUGGACACGGAAAGCAGCAACCGCAAGCAGUCGCAUCCGAACUCUCGCAAGGGGAGCCGCGAGAAGCGCCCGUCGAUGAUCGGCGAGUACUACACGACAGGUACGCGGAUUCGUGGCUCCCACGGCAACAUUCAGCAUACUAAUCGAACGUAUUUUGGUUCAAAUCGCGCCAUUAGCUUAGACCAGUACAGUAACAACCGUCGGAUGUCCGACGGCAUCCAGAUACAGACGGUGGCGUCCGAUAACAGUGUUUAUUAUCACCAGCGACAGCACCGCAGUCUGGAGCAUGACUCCACCACCGGAAUGUACUCGUCGUCGGACAAGAGUACCAGUCUGAACAGUAAUAGCGAACAGCAGCAGCACCCGCCGCCGUCGCAGCAGGCCAUGUCUCAAAUACAGCCGCAACAGGGGCAGGUGGGACUGGGACCGUAUCAAUCUAGUCAUCAUGCGCAUUUACAUCAUCAUCAUCACCAUUACCAGCAGGCGGCGGCUGCGCUACAUCAGCUCCGAACGGUGCAGGAUUGUGAGAACAUGAAUAUUGCUGUGCCGUCUGUCGCUUCCGGUAAGCUGUACACCAAUUUAAACAAUAAUAACAAUAGUAGCAACAAUAACAAAAAUGUUGGGAAGAAGAUGAACUGGAGUCAGCAGCAGAAGCUGGUGAAGAUUCGGAACGCUAGUAAUAAUAAUAACAAUGGCCGGGAGACGGCACAGGAUGGUACGAGUGGAUCGAUGGGAAAGACCGGUAACGGAGGCGUCAAUGGGACUAACGGAACGACGUCGAAAUCAAUCAUCUCAAGACUGAAACAGCUGACAGGUAGAUUGAGCUUUAGUUUUGACUCGAAGGAAUCGAAGAAGUUGCAGCUGUUGGCAAACGCCAGCGGAGAGGAUGGCAACGAAUCUCAGUCCGAGGGAUCCGGCAAAGGCGGUGGCACCGAAAGAAAGAAUCGUGUCCUGGAGAAAUCGAAGACUGUAGACGUUGGGGGACCGAUUGCGAUUUGCGAUGCCAGUGGGGAGUGCGUAGGAGACUUUUGCUACGCUGGUGGUGUGAUCCUGAAUCAACCAAAGUCUAUUUCGCCUAUUCUGAUGCAACAUCGAAACAGCGAAGUCAUCAGCUCGAUGAAUACGGCUCGAAAUCGAGCGUACAGUUUGGAUGUUCCGAUAUCGCGAAAUUGCUGUCGCAGUUUGAGUGGCAGCACGGCCGGUGGCGGCGGUUCCAGUUGCGGUGGGAGCCACAAGAGUCUAACUUUUUCACUGAACAAAUCACUCAACGAGGAAGCGAACGAUACGACCAUCAGUUCCGGAAUUCGUCCCCCGCCACUGGAUGACACCACUAAAAGCGCCGCCAGUAUCAGCGAGACCAUUUGACAACACCCGUACGAGCCGUCGUUGCAGGGCAUCCUGCUAGCAUCGAGUUCACUGCAAACGGACUCACCAACACCGCCACCUUCUAAUCAGCUGCUUCCGGCCAGUAGCAGCUCCGGAGGAAGUCAGCAACAACAGCAACUACAACAACUACAACAACAACAACCACAUCAACACCGAAAUCGAAGACAGUCAUCACACGAGGAGGCCGGUGUUGUGACCGUAUCGCAGCGAGCACCGUACGCCGAAUCGGAAUCGAUUUCCUCCAAACACACCUCGGUUCUGGUUAGCUACUGGAGCUGUUUGACCGAACGGAUGAGCUCAUUAAUUUGCAAAUGCUGCGAGCGGACACUGCCACCACCACCGGCGGAAAGUGUUUGAAAGUGAGGGGCGUGGGUGUAUCGGCCGAUCGGUGCGGUAGGUACGGGAAGCGCUUGCCGGACAAGAGUCAACGCGAUGGGAAGCAUUUAUCGGAGGCUUAUUACAUUUUUUUUGACGCGGACUGAAUGAUGUUCAAUCCAUGUUUUGUGUGUUUGGUUUUUUUUCCCGGUAACGACUAGCAUAUUUUCAAAAA